CCCUCGGCGGCGGGCGCGUCGCGCUCCCGGCGUACUCGGAGCCCGGCAGGGACCCGGAGGCAGAGACGGGGCGGCCCUGGGUCCGAGUGCGGGAGCUGAGUCAGGCCCGGGGGCCAAAGUUUGGCGGCGACUCUGGGAGGCAGAGCGUGCGCCCCGGGGGGCUUCUAGCCCCCUUUUCGGGUCCUCGCCCGGGACCCGCUGGCAGCCAAGGGGACGGAAGCCGCGGCCCGGCCAACUCCGAGGCGGACGGCGCGACGGGAACUUGAGGCCCGAGAGAUAUGUGAAGGCCCAAAAUGACCCUCUUACCGGGAGACAAUUCCGACUAUGACUACAGCGCGCUGAGCUGCACCUCGGACGCCUCCUUCCACCCCAGCUUCUUCGCGCAGCGCCAGCCCCUCAAGGGCGUCUUCUACCGCCGGGCGCAGCGGCUGCGGCCGCAGGACCAGCCCCGCCAGGGCGGCCAGGCCGAGGACCGCAGGCGCCAGAUCAUCAUCAACGUGGGCGGCAGCAAGUACUCGCUGCCCUGGACCACGCUGGACGAGUUCCCGCUGACGCGGCUGGGCCAGCUCAAGGCCUGCACCAACUUCGACGACAUCCUCAACGUGUGCGAUGACUACGAUGUGACCUGCAACGAGUUCUUCUUCGACCGCAACCCGGGCGCCUUCGGCACCAUCCUGACCUUCCUGCGGGCCGGCAAGCUGCGGCUGCUGCGCGAGAUGUGCGCCCUGUCCUUCCAGGAGGAGCUGCUGUACUGGGGCAUCGCCGAGGACCACCUGGACGGCUGCUGCAAGCGCCGCUACCUGCAGAAGAUGGAGGAGUUCGCCGAGAUGGUGGAGCGGGAGGAGGAGGAGGACGCGCUGGACAGCGAGGGCCGCGACAGCGACCACCCCGCCGAGGGCGAGGGCCGCCUGGGCCGCUGCAUGCGUAGACUGCGCGACAUGGUGGAGCGGCCGCACUCGGGGCUGCCGGGCAAGGUGUUUGCCUGCCUGUCGGUGCUGUUCGUCACUGUCACCGCUGUGAACCUCUCGGUCAGCACCUUGCCCAGCCUGAGGGAGGAGGAGGAGCAGGGCCAGUGUUCCCAGAUGUGCCACAACGUCUUCAUCGUGGAGUCGGUGUGUGUGGGCUGGUUCUCGCUGGAGUUCCUCCUGCGGCUCAUCCAGGCGCCCAGCAAGUUCUCCUUCCUGCGGAGCCCGCUCACGCUGAUCGACCUGGUGGCCAUCCUGCCCUACUACAUCACCCUGCUGGUGGACGGCGCCGCCGCGGGCCGCCGCAAGCCCGGCGCGGGCAACAGCUACCUGGACAAGGUGGGGCUGGUGCUGCGCGUGCUGCGCGCGCUGCGCAUCCUGUACGUGAUGCGCCUGGCGCGCCACUCGCUGGGGCUGCAGACGCUGGGGCUCACGGCCCGCCGCUGCACCCGCGAGUUCGGGCUCCUGCUGCUCUUCCUCUGCGUGGCCAUCGCCCUCUUCGCGCCCCUCCUCUACGUCAUCGAGAACGAGAUGGCCGACAGCCCCGAGUUCACCAGUAUCCCCGCCUGCUACUGGUGGGCCGUCAUCACCAUGACCACUGUGGGCUACGGGGACAUGGUCCCCAGGAGCACCCCGGGCCAGGUGGUGGCGCUGAGCAGCAUCCUGAGCGGCAUCCUGCUCAUGGCCUUUCCCGUCACCUCCAUCUUCCACACCUUCUCCCGCUCCUACCUGGAGCUCAAGCAGGAGCAGGAGCGGGUGAUGUUCCGGAGGGCCCAGUUCCUCAUCAAAACCAAGUCGCAGCUGAGCAGCAUGUCCCAGGACAGUGACAUCUUGUUCGGAAGUGCCUCCUCGGACACCAGGGACAACUGAAGCCAGAGGACGCCCCUACCCUGCCAACCAUCUGCGGCUUGAAGCUGUUGCCGUCCGCUGCAGAAGCCUCCUCGGGGACGUGCCACUUCUGAGGCCAGCCUUGGCCUAGGCCCGACUGGAACCAUACCCCCGGAAGGACAUCCCAAACAAUAGGCCAGUCGCGCCUGGUCCAGAAGAGAAACAGCUGCACCCUGAGCCCAGCCCUGCCCCCUGGCUGCUGUUUCCUUCAACCAGGAGAUGGCUUGUUCUUCCUGCCAUGUAAAUAGUGUGCCCGGCAAAGACGUGCUUUCAGGGUCUGCUUGG